UCCCAUUCAAUUUAGUUUCAAUGAGUUUAAUUUCCACGAAAAACUCUUGGUUAAGACUAUUUUGACUUUGAUAAUUAAGACGGCAUUUGUCUCGAGAAGGUAAGGAGCUAACGUUUACUUUAACACCGUAAAAUCACUUAAAAACAUUACACGAUCAUUUUUAUCAACAGUUUUAAUCAAUGAUUUCUGUGCUCGUUUUGCUUUCGGACCGUACCAAGUGUGGUCGAGCGUGGGGGGGGGGACUGAUUGGUUCUGCAGCUAAAAUGGAUCGCCCCAGUCCGUCUGACCAUGCACCUGGAGAGCGAGGCUCGGCCCGCAGAUUACGGUGUUCGGUUUACAGGCUAAUUCCGGAGGUUUCCGGUCAAACCCCGCCGCAGUGCCUCUGAGCAGGAGGGUAAGAGAGGAAGGAGGAGACCAAACGCACCGAGCGCAGCGGGCAGAGGGCCAUUGCUUGUUUCCUUCAGAACAACGGACAGGCAGGAGGGACCACCGCGCCGAGAGCCGCCGGCAGCCGCUUCAUUGUCUGCGAGGAUGUCGUCCGUGACCAGGCUGCUGUUGCUGCCUGCAGCCCUGUGCAGCAUCACCAGCCCCUCCAGCGCCGCAUCCUCAGCAUCCCGAAAGUGCGAGGACAGCUUGGCCACUCCUCUCCCCUACAGCUUCUUCACCAGCUCGUCAGCGUACGCCCGAGGACACGGAGCCGGUUACGCCAAACUCAACAGACAACAAGGUGCUGGAGGCUGGUCCCCCUUGGAUACAGACCGUUACCCGUGGUUACAGGUGAACCUGGGUUCUAGGAAGCAGGUGGUUGCCAUAGUGACACAGGGUCGCUAUGGCAGCUCUGACUGGACUAGCAAGUAUCGGCUGCUUUACAGCGACACACAGAAAAACUGGAGGCCAUAUUUACAGGAUGGAAACAUCUGGACAUUUGAGGGCAACGUCAACAGUCACGGUGUCGUUCGCCAUGAGCUGCAGCACGCCAUCUUAGCUCACUACAUCCGCUUCAUCCCAGUGGACUGGAGCAGGGAGGGACGCAUUGGACUACGCCUGGAGCUGUAUGGCUGCUCAUAUUGGGCAGAUGUGAUAAGUUUUGACGGCAAUGGUGUCAUCUCCUACCGAUUCAGGAGUAAGAAGAUCAAAAUUGUGAAGGACGUCAUCUCUCUGAAGUUUCGUACCACCGCUGGAGACGGGGUCGUGCUCCACGGGGAGGGACAGCAGGGGGACUACAUUUCCUUAGAGCUGCGCAGGGCGAGGCUGCAGCUCAGCAUCAACUUAGGCAGCAACCAGUACGGUUCCAUUCAGGGUCACACCUCUGUGACCAGUGGGAGCCUGCUGGAUGACGACCACUGGCACUCGGUAGUCAUAGAGCGGUACCGAAGGAAUGUGAACUUCACUCUGGACCAUCACACCCAGCACUUCAGGACCAAUGGAGAGUUUGACCACCUGGACCUGGACUAUGAGAUAAGUUUUGGAGGCCUUCCUAUAUCAGCGAAGCCCAGCUCAGGAGGAAGAGAGAACUUUGUGGGCUGCAUGGAGGGAAUCACCUACAACGGAGACAACAUCACUAACCUGGUCCGCAGGAAGAAGGUGGACACCUCAAGCUUUCGUAACCUGACGUUUUCGUGUGCCGAGUCCAACUCCUUCUCGGUCUUCUUCAACUCGACAUCCUUCUUGCGGCUGCUCGGCCAGAGUGACAGCGACACUCUGUCAGUCAGUUUGUCUUUCAGGACGUGGAACCCCAACGGGUUGCUGAUGUUCACGGCCCUGGCUGAUGGUUGGGUCGAGGUGGGACUGACAGAGGGCAAGGUCACAGUCUACAUGAAUGUGACACAAAAGAAGAACACACGUAUUGACAUUUCAUCAGGUUCAGGUUUAAAUGAUGGCCAGUGGCACAGUGUCCAUCUGAAUGCAUUGGAGAACUAUGCUAUGCUGACAGUGGAUGGAGACGAGGCCUCCACAGUGAGGACAGCCAUCCCCAUCCAGAUUCAGACUGGAGGAACCUACUACUUUGGAGGUAACUUCCUGCACACCAACACCCGAUCCCUGCAGCGCUCAUUCCAGGGAUGCAUGCAGAUGAUCCACAUUGAUGACCAUCUCGCUGACCUCAGGGCUUUGGAGCAGGACCUCGCUGGGUCCUUUGAAAAUAUCAGCCUGGAUAUGUGUGCCAUUAUCGAUAGGUGUGUUCCUAAUCACUGUGAGCACGGUGGGAGCUGUUCUCAGACAUGGAAUACAUUCAGCUGCAACUGUACCGGUACUGGAUACACCGGAGCAACCUGCCAUCGAUCGAUGUAUCAGCAGUCCUGUGAGGAGUAUAAGCACCAGGGGAAGAGUUCAGGGAAUUACUGGAUCGACCCAGACGGCAGUGGAUUCAUCAGCCCCUUCAGAGUCACUUGUGACAUGGCAGAGGAGAGAGUUUGGACCGUGCUGAAGAACAACCUAUCUCCUCAGACAUCAGUCACCAGUACAAACCAGGAAGGGAAGGCAGCUCUGCACAUCACUUACAAUGUGACAGAUGAACAGGUGCUGUCAGUCACCAGCAGUGCAGAGUACUGUGACCAGUUCGUGGCCUACGCCUGUCGAAUGUCUCGUCUGCUCAACACUCCUGACGGCGUCCCGUUUACCUGGUGGGUAGGAAGAUCCAAUGAGAGGCAUUCUUACUGGGGGGGUUCAGGACCAGGCAUACAGAAGUGUUCCUGUGGUAUCGAACACAACUGUACUAACCCCAAACACUACUGCAACUGUGAUGCCGACCUGCGCAGCUGGAGGGAGGACGCUGGCCUGUUGGUGUAUAAAGACCACCUGCCAGUCAGCCAGGUCGUGGUUGGUGAUGCGAGCAGAGCUGGAUCCGAGGCCAAGCUGACAAUCGGGCCGCUCAGAUGCCAGGGGGACCGGUCCUUCUGGAAUGCAGCGUCCUUCACUAGCCCCGCCUCCUACCUGCAUUUCCCGUCCUUCAGAGGAGAAACCAGCACUGACAUCUCCUUCUACUUUAAGACUUCGUCCACUCACGGUGUCUUUCUGGAGAACUUGGGAACCACUGACUUCCUUCACAUUGAGCUCAGAGGAGGCUCCAGGGUGUUCUUCUCUUUCGAUGUGGGCAGUGAGCGGGUGGAGCUCAGUGUCCACUCGCCGGUGCCACUAAAUGACGACCAAUGGCAUCGCGUGGAGGCUGAAAAGAACAUCAAGGAAGCGGUGCUGCUGCUUGAUGGGAAGUACAAAGAGGUCAGAUCCACGCCGCCCCAGGGACACGCUAAACUGGAGUUCUACAGUGAGCUUUAUGUUGGGGCCUCCAAUCGUCAGAGGGGUUUUCUGGGCUGCAUGCGGGCUCUGAGGAUAAAUGGUGUGACCUUUGACCUGGAGGAGAGGGCCCAGGUAACUCCAGGGGUGAAUCCGGGCUGCCAGGGCCACUGCAGCAGUUACGGGAUGCACUGCAGGAACGGGGGGAAGUGUGUAGAAAAGUACAACGGGUACACGUGUGACUGCUCCCUCACUGCGUACGACGGACCCUUCUGCACUGACGAUGUAGGGGGGUACUUUGAGACCGGAACCCUGGUGCGUUACGACUUCCUGCCAGAAGGGGGAACUCCCGCGUUUCAGGAGAUGAAGAGCGUGUCCAGUGUCGGCGUUCCCGGUGAGGCCAACCUGACUCAAGAAGAGCUGGUCUUCAGCUUCAGCACCUCCAGUGCUCCCAGCAUCCUGGUCUACAUCAGCUCCAGAACUCAGGACUACCUGGCUGUGGUGCUCCGUCACAACGGCACCCUCCAGGUCCGCUACAGCCUUGGUGGGCUAACAGAGCCGUACACCAUAGAUGUGGACCACCGUAACCUGGCCAACGGGCAGCCACACUCGGUCAACAUCAGCAGGAACUUUAGGGAGAUACGACUGCAGCUGGACCACUACUCAGUGUCCACAUACAGCCUGCCCGAGGCCUCGGACACCCACUUCAACCUGGUCAAAAGCAUCUUUCUUGGAAAAGUCUUUGAAACCGGACAGAUUGACCCGAUCUUAAUCGCGCGCUACAACACGCCGGGCUUCGUGGGCUGUCUGUCCAGGGUUCAGUGGAACAGCAUGGCGCCGCUGAAGGCUGCGCUGCGCUCAGGCCCGGCUGCACCGGUCAGCACCCAUGGGAUCCUGGUCCCAUCCAACUGUGGAGCCUCUCCCAUGACCAUCUCGCCCAUGGCUUCGGCUAGUGACCCCUGGCACGUAGAAGCAGCUGGAGCCGUUUUCCCGCUCAGCGACAGCAAAGCCCGCGGGGAUGGAGUGGAUCGCAACUCGGCCAUAGUUGGAGGUAUCAUUUCCAUGGUGAUCUUCACGGCCAUCUGCAUCAUGGUGUUUGUGGUCCGUCACAUGUUCCGUCAUAAAGGCUCCUACCACACCAACGAGGCCAAGGGAGCCGAGUCAGCAGACUGCGCCGACGCGGCGAUUAUCGUCAACGACCCGGCCUUCACCGAGACCAUCGACGAGAGCAAGAAGGAGUGGUUCAUCUGAGCGCCUCUCCACGACACGGACACAUGACGUUAGGAUGUAUGUAGUUUUCUAAGCGUAGGGAGUAUUAGUGAGCUCGCUGCCUGUGGAGCCCGGAGGCGUGGCGAGUGGUUUAAAACCACCAUGGCAUCCCAGCGUUGGUAUUAAAGCACACGGCACAGUGCUGCCUGGCAGAGCCUGUGAGGAGAGGCGGGACAGUUUAUUUUAACUUUAUUUACAAUGAACAGGGACGGCAUUCAGACGGUGUGGAGAACGGAGCCAAUAGCGUUGCAGAAAGUGAAUAAGUGUGCUCAUUUGCAUUUAUUGAAGUAUUUAUAUAUUUUUAAAUUUGAUUUAAUUUAUUUUCUUUGUUAAUUUAUUUAUAUUAUGUCAUAUUUAUUCAUAAAAGUUCUUACUUUCUAUCUUUAUUUUUAUAUUAAUUAUUGACUGCCUUUUUGCAAUGUGCUACGUUACGGCAAAGGGAUUCAGGAAUCCCAAUAAUGCUCCUGAGUUGUGCUUUUAAUAUUAAAUCCCAUGUUUGAUUAUUUGCCUUGUUUUAAAGUAAAGUUUUGUGUGUGUGUGUGUGUGUGUGUUGUUGCGCACUGACUUGCUUGCUUGUCUGUAAAGGAGGUAGCCAUGACUUUGUCCGCAUUACUUGGACUAAGGCCAAAUGUUUUUGCAUCUUUGUGACUGACAAGUAUCUCUUAAUUACUUUAUUGCUGAAACUCUUUAAUAGUUCCAAUUUUUUCUGAGGAUGCCAGACGGGUUCAGGGGGAAGUUCAGCUCCUGAGGAAUAAACGAGUCCUGUCAGUCCACAAGAGAUUACAACGUUUUUCAGAUUUCGGAAAUCUUCUUGUGCGCCAUCCUCCUGUGUAUGUUGGUCCAGUAUGGAGACACAUGUGGGAUGAGUUAUUUUAUUGGUUACAAAGAAGGGGAAGGAAGCUGCUAGUUUAGCUCAAUCACAAGAGAACCAAUGCACCUCCAACUGUCCCGCUAACAAGCUCCGUGCAAGACGAGAGAAAGCCACAAUCCCACUAAUAUAAUAAUAAUUAUAAUAAUAAUCCCACUAUGACAACAGCAGCUGAUAGCCAGGCCCUUUUCUUCACACCUGGGUGGAAGUGCAUUUGUAGUGUAAGAAAUUGUGUAGUUAGCGCCAUUUCAUGUCAGAAGUGUAAAAAUCAGAGUCAACUGCUGUAUUUUAAGUUAUUUGAAUUUAGAAAAUGGAAAUUUAAUAGAAGCGGGAAUCCAAUACCCAAUGAACAAUUCCCAUCAAAGAUAUAGAGCUGUAUUUGUAUCAGUGUUACUGGCUAUCUAUGAAAACAUUAUUAGGAGCUGCAGCGCUACGGUGUGCAAGGAUACUGGAUAUAAAACCCGAUGUUGGGCCAGUGACGACCAGAGAGGCUGACGUCAACAGUCCAAAUCUUAAGAACAAGUCUGAGAUAUUAGAAAACUUGCAAACUGUUUGGAAGGUGUCAUUUGUGAUGGAGGUGGACCAACACCUGCACGCAGUGUGUACUUUAUGGUGAAGCAUGUCCUUGACCUGUUAAGAUACAAUGCGCCGGGAGCCACAAGGUUGAUGGUUCAAACCCUACCUGCUCCAUGUCCCAUGUCAAAGUGUCCCUGACCAAGACACCUGACUGCUCCUCAGCUUAUACAUGUAACACCAUGGGUUACAAAUGCAAUGCAAGUUGCUUUGGAUUGAAGUGUUAUGCGAGGUUAGAUUUAAACUGAUUUUGAUCCCCUUGUCUAAAACGGCAGGUAACAAUCAACAGAAGCUGGUUGGUACAUGUUGUCCGUCCAGCAGCAGGGACUCACUCUCAUCAGGGUUGUCCUCAUAUGCUCUGAGGAGACUGACGGAGGACGACUGACUUAUGUCCUGUGUUGUCAUAUAACGUAUUCCCUGCUGUUACUGGUAUUGAAUUAGUAACAGCCUCCUCUCUGGAUGGACUGAAAGGACUGUGUUUAUUUUCAGGAAGUAGGACGAUGCUUCUGUAACAUAAUGUGUGUUGCUCACAUACACAACUAUGGCAGACCCCCUGACCUUUGAUUGUAUUGCAUCUGUAUUUCUUUGACUGCCCUGCAGUGUAAUGGCAUGCUGACACUGAAUGACGCGCAUAUUUCCGUUUGAUAAGCCACUGUAGCAUCACGUUUUUUCUUCAUGUUAUAAAACUUUGCAUAAAUGUUC